CCGCUUAGGAGCCAUCUUUUAGCAUUUUCUUAACCACCCCAAGAUAUCCCCAUCAUGGACCGGUGGGUAGGUAAGGUAGCCGUUGUGACCGGUGCCAGCUCUGGCAUUGGUGCCGCCACUGCUAAAGCCCUCGUACGUGCCGGCAUGAUUGUGGUCGGUCUAGCCCGGCGUGUCGAACGUAUCGAAGCCCUGCGCAACGAGCUGCCAGCCAACGUUUCCGGCCAGCUGCAUGCCAUCCGGUGUGACGUCAUGCGGGAGGAAGACAUCCUUGCGGCGUACGCUCAAAUUGAGCGCCAGUUCGGUGGUGUUGAUGUGCAGAUCAAUAGUGCGGGGAUUGCGCACCAUACGGUGCGUAUACUGCAGCCGAACAACACGCAACCAUUGCGCGAUAUCGUGCAUACGGAUCUGCUUGGGCUGACCCUGUGCAGUCGGGAAGCGUACCUAUCGAUGCAGAAGCGCUCGGUCGACGGUCAUAUUGUGCAUCUGAACAGCAUUACCGGCCACUCGAUACCUCCGCUCAACACGCUCAACAUCUAUCCGGCCGUGAAGCACGGUGUGACGGCCCUGACGGAAACGAUGCGCCAGGAGUUGCGUUUUGCGGGCAGCAAAGUAAAGGUUACGAGCAUUAGUCCAGGGUUGACCAGGACACCCAUUAAUCCCAACAGUGACACCUACACGGGACCGAUCCUCGAGCCGGAAGACAUUGCCGAUGCGAUACUGUACGCACUCGGAACGCCACCCCGUGUACAGAUCCACGAGUUGACGAUCAAACCAGUGGGUGAAGUGGCCAUUGUGACCGGUGCUAGCUCCGGCAUAGGGGCAGCAACGGUGAAAGCUCUCGCCAGUGCCGGUAUGAUCACGUUCGGCCUGGCUCGCCGUGUCGAACGGGUGGAAGCACUGAAGGACGAGCUGCCGGAGGAUGCACGCGAGCGGCUGCACGCACUGCGCUGUGACGUUACGAAGGAGGAGGACAUUUUGGCCGCCUUCCGGGAGGUCGAACAACGGUGCGGCGGUGUCGAUGUGCUGAUCAACAAUGCCGGCGUGGCGCGAUCGAGCGUCGGCGUGCUGGAUGCGAAAAAUACACAGGAGUUGCGCGAUGUGAUCGACACGAAUCUGGUCGGGUUGGCGCUGUGCAGCCGGGAGGCGUAUCAAUCGAUGAAGAAACGGUCGGUCGAUGGGCACAUUGUGCACAUUAACAGCAUACUGGGACACAAGGUGAUCCCGAUGAACACGCUCAAUGUGUAUCCGGCCACCAAGUACGGUGUGACCGCGCUGACGGAGACGAUGCGGCACGAGCUGCGAAUGGCGGGGACGAAAAUCAAAGUCACGAGCAUCAGUCCCGGUCUGGUAAGGACGGAGAUCAUCGGUGACAGUGGUGUGCUCAACGAUAUGCCCAUACUCGAACCGGAAGACAUCGCGAACGGCAUUCUGUACGUGCUCGGCACCCCACCGCGUGUUCAGGUGCACGAGCUAAUGAUCAAACCGGUCGCCCGUCACACAGCCAUGGAACGCUGGCGUGGAAAGGUGGCCAUUGUGACCGGUGCUAGCUCCGGCAUUGGUGCAGUGACUGUGAAAGCCCUCGCCAACGCCGGUAUGAUCACGUUCGGCCUGGCUCGCCGUGUCGAACGGGUCGACGAGCUGAAGAAGGACCUUUCUGCCGAGGCUGCGGACCGGCUGCACAGUGUCCGGUGUGACGUUACGAAGGAGGAGGACAUUUUGGCCGCCUUCCAGCUGGUGGAGGAAAAGUGUGGCGGUGUCGAUGUGCUGAUCAACAAUGCCGGUCAGUUGAAGCGCGCGGUCAGUGUGCUGGAUGCGGGCAAUACGCAGGUUAUACGGGAUGUGAUCGAUACGAACGUGGUCGGGUUGGCGCUGUGCAGCCGGGAAGCGUUCCAAUCGAUGAAGCGUCGCUCGGUCGAUGGGCAUAUCGUGCACAUUAACAGCAUCCUUGGCCAUACGGUUGCGACGACGGGCAAGCUUAACGUCUAUCCGGCAUCAAAGUUUGCGGUGACUGCACUGACCGAAACGAUGCGCCACGAGCUAAGGCUGGCGGGAACGAAAAUCAAAGUCACGAGCAUUAGCCCGGGACUGGUCAGAACGGAGAUGCCGCCCAGUACGGUCUUUGCCGAGGAGCCCUGCCUCGAGCCGGAGGACAUUGCGGAUGCCGUGCUGUACGUGCUCGGGACACCGCCACGGGUACAGAUCCACGAGCUGACGAUCAAACCGCAUUCCAAAAUGGAUCGUUGGACUGGCCGGGUGGCCGUCGUUACCGGUGCCAGCUCCGGUAUUGGUGCGGCCGUAGUGAAAUCACUCGCCAACGCGGGCAUGAUCGUGAUCGGUCUGGCAAGGCGUGUCGAACGGGUGAAGGAACUGCGCCAACAGCUCUCCGAACAGGCCGCCCAACGGCUGCACGCGAUCCGGUGUGAUGUAACGCGGGAAGAAGAUAUAGUGGCCGCUUUCGACCGGAUCGAGCAGCAGUACGGUGGUGUUGAUGUGUUGAUCAACAAUGCUGGUAUUGCGCGAGGUGGAAUCAAUCUGUUCACACCGGGCAAUGCCGAUCCGCUGCGUCAGGUACUCGAUACGAACGUGAUGGGUGUGGUGCUGUGCAGCCGGGAAGCGUUCCAAUCGAUGAAGCGCCGCUCGGUCGAUGGACAUAUCGUGCAGGUGAACAGUGUGGUUGGGCAUACGGUGCCCGCAUUCGCUAGCUUCAACAUCUAUCCGGCGUCCAAGUUUGCAGUGACGGCGCUGACAGAAUCGAUGCGCCAUGAGUUGCGGAUAGAGGGAACGCGCAUCAAAGUGACGAGCAUUAGUCCGGGAUUGGUCAGGACGGAGGCGGUCCCUAGUGAGCUGAAAACGGGCCAGACGCCAAUACUGGAACCGGAGGAUAUUGCGGAUGCCGUGCUGUACGUGCUGGGCACCCCGCCGAGGGUACAGGUCCAUGAGCUUACCAUUAGACCCGUUGGUGAAAUGAUGUGAAAUGAAACGUACAACGCUUCAAAAUGUGACCAUGCAAAAAUCAACUGGGUACUGGUAAGUGGUCUUCAAAUAAAGAAAUGAAGAUGAAAGCAAGAAAAAA